UUGCACUUUCGCAGGCUCGGAAGGCGCCGCCGGCCGGGCCCCGCGCCAUGGAGGAGCCCCCUCCGCGAGGGGAGGAGGAGGAGGAGGAGGGGGGGCCCGGGGGCGCGCCGGAGGGCGCGCUGGGCAAGAGCCCCUCGCAGCUGACCGCCGAGGACGUGUACGACAUCUCCUCCGCCAUGGGCCGCGAGCUGCUGGCCCUGGGCAGCGACCCCCGCGUGACGCAGCUGCAGUUCAAGAUCGUGCGCGUCCUGGAGAUGCUGGAGGCGCUGGUGAGCGAGGGCGGCCUGGCGGCCGAGGAGCUGCGGCUGGAGCGCGACAACCUCAGGAAGGAGGUGGAGCUGCUGCGGGCGCAGGGCCCGGCGGCCGGCGGGCUGGAGAGCUUGGGACCAGACAAAAUGGUGGUUGACCUGACAGACCCCAACCGGCCACGCUUCACUCUGCAGGAGCUGAGGGACGUGCUGCAGGAGCGCAACAAACUCAAGUCCCAGUUGCUGGUGGUGCAGGAAGAGCUUCAGUGUUACAAGAGUGGUCUGAUUCCGCCAAGAGAAUGCCCAGAAGGAGGAAGAAGAGAGAAGGAUCUGGUUGCCAGUCCUGGCAAUGCCAGCGCUAACAAGGAGGAGAAAACCAUCAUCAGGAAGCUGUUCUCUUUCCGGUCAGGGAAGCAGACAUAGAUGGAAGGCCAUGAUGGAGGCAGCCGCUCGCACCUGGAGGACAGACCCCCAGUGGACCCCACUCUCCCUUCAGCCCACGUGCACACUGCACUUGCCCACCUGUCUCCCUCCGAGCCGCGCGAGGGGGUGGGCCUCGGAACCGCAGCACUGGACACCCCGAAGGCUUGGCCAGGCCAGGGUGAAGAAGCACCGAGAAACCAAGGUGGACGGAAGCCCAGCAGCCACCUUGGCCCCUGCUCCUCUGGCCCACCGUGGCCUGCCCCACAGUGCAGCGGAACCCACCCACCUGCAGCCAGACUGCGGUCACCCCGCUGAUGCUGUGAAUAUUUGGUUUUGCUGAUUUUAAGUGAUUUUGUAUUAAAUGUCUUUUAUACUUUCCACAACUAUUUCCCGUCGCCUCUUUGGGACAUGCCCGGAGCCGCUGCGUCCGUCUGUACAUAUGUCUACACAUAGCGGGGCCGAGUCGGAAAUCCCAGCCCUGCUCUCUCCCCCUGCCACCUUAUAAAAAACAGACACAUAGGUAGCCUCGCCUGGCAAUAAAUAUUUUAAUUUUUCAUUUUUAUGAUGACAAAUA